AUGCCCCUCCCAACAACGGCCCUCGCCCUCUCCAGCCUCCUCAUGACCCCCAAGCCCCCGGUGCCGCCAUACAACAGGCCGGUCGCCGCCGGCGAGCUGGGCAUGACGGUCGAGGUCGAGAUCAUACAGGUGCGCGACCCCGCCAGCGGCCGGGCGCUCCGCACCGGCCGGGCGUAUCCGUACUACCCGGUGCUGGAGCGGCGGGUGGAGGUUGUGGGUGGUGGUGGUGGUGGGGCGGCGGCGGGUACCGGUGGAAGUGGAAGUGAGGGUAGUAGUGGUGACGACGGCGGCUGGGCGGUGUCGACGAGCUGGCCGUCGUCGAGUGCGGCGAGCGUGUCGGGCAGCAGCUCGGUGGCUGGGUCAAGGUCGGGGUCGCGGUCGAGGUCGCGGUCGCGGUCGCGGUCGGGUGGUGAGUCUUCGGGCUCUAACGACAGCAAGUCAGAGCUGCGGCGGAUGAAGAGCGCGCGGGGUGGGAAGCAGGUUGCGGGGAAGGAGGAGGAGGAGUUUGAGCGGCUUGGCGAUGAUGACGGGAGCAGCGUUUCGGCGCCGAGUCUGUCGUCGUCGGUCUCGUCGUCGAGGAGUAGCUGGUCUUUCGUUAGUGCCGGCGCCGGUGUCAAUCGUGCCGCCGGCUCUGCUGCGCGGAGGAACGGUAAGUUCACGUCUCGGCCGCGUGAGAGGCCGAGUUACAUGUCCCGAGCACUAGGCUCGGAUGAGGCUUCCGGAAGGCAGGGCAAAGCGUAA